CAGAAACACGACUUUGGGGCCACUUCUUCUUGGAUGCUGCUGGGGAAGAUUAUUCUCACAUGCCCAUAGAGACGAACAAGCACAAUUUGCAUAAACUUUUUUUUUUGUUUUGUUUUAUUUUGACCUUAUAUUUAAAAUGAUAAUGCUGUCAAAUCUGACAGCUGCUCUUUUUCCCCAUGUUUUGAGAAUAUGAUUGAUGGGGAACAUCCAUCCAUCCAUCCAUUUUCUACUGAUUGUCCCUUUCGGGGUACAUAUUUAUGAUUUUUUAUACGUUUAUUUAUACUUUUCAGUCUGGAUGAUGCCAAAGUUGACUGACAUGUUGGCCAGACCACGCGUUGCAAGGAUGCUGCCUGCACAAAUUGGUCAAUAUUCUUGAGCGUCUAACUUCAAGAUUUUUUUUUUCUCUCUCUUUGAAAGCACAUUUGAGAGGAUCCAUGAGAGUCUCAAAGUUGUCCGGUGAAACUUUUUUGACACACCACCGGAGUUGACCGCAUCUUUUCCCCCUGCAGCGGCUGCUGCCUCAAGAUGAGUUGCCAACGAGUCCUCACCUACCUGCGGAUAUUUGGGACCACCAUGUUUGGCGUGUCCCUCUUGGUGGGCAUCUCCACGGCCUACAUCAUGGGCUACCAGUUCUUCACCACAGCCCACAACCACCUCUCCUUUGGACUGUACGGAGCCAUCUUGGUUGUCCAUCUCAUUAUCCAAAGCCUUUUUGCACUCCUAGAACAUCGAAAUAUGAAGCGGUCCUUAGAGACGCCGAUCAAACUGAAUAAAUCUUUAGCGCUGUGCAUUGCCGCGUAUCAAGAGGAUCCAAACUACCUGAGGAAAUGCCUGGUGUCAGUAAAGAGGCUGACGUACCCUGGAAUCAAAGUCAUCUUGGUGGUGGACGGGAACUCGGAUGAAGACUUGUACAUGAUGGACAUUUUCAAAGAAGUCAUGGGAUGGGACAAGGUCGCCACAUAUGUGUGGAGGAGUAACUUUCACAGCAGGGGCCCCGAGGAGACGGACGAGAGCUAUGCUGAGAGCCUGCAGCAGAUAUCCAGACUGGUGCUUAACAACAAGUGCGUGUGUAUCAUGCAGAAGUGGGGAGGCAAAAGAGAAGUCAUGUACACCGCCUUCAAAGCGCUCGGUAGGAGCGUUGACUAUGUGCAGGUGUGUGACUCUGAUACCAUGCUGGAUCCAGCAUCAUCCGUGGAAAUGGUUAAAGUUCUUGAAGAGGAUCCCAUGGUUGGUGGUGUCGGAGGAGAUGUACAGAUCCUAAACAAAUACGAGUCGUGGAUCUCCUUCCUGAGUAGCGUACGAUACUGGAUGGCCUUCAACAUCGAGCGAGCUUGCCAAUCUUACUUUGGCUGCGUGCAGUGCAUCAGCGGGCCUUUAGGAAUGUACCGGAACUCACUCCUGCAUGAGUUUCUAGAAGACUGGUACAAUCAGACCUUCAUGGGAUCGCACUGCAGUUUUGGGGACGACCGCCAUCUUACGAACCGAGUUCUCAGUCUCGGAUAUGCAACCAAGUACACCGCACGGUCAAAGUGCCUAACAGAGACACCCAUUACUUACUUGCGUUGGCUGAAUCAGCAGACUAGAUGGAGUAAGUCCUAUUUCCGAGAAUGGCUUUACAACUCCAUGUGGUUUCACAAACAUCAUCUCUGGAUGACCUAUGAGGCUGUGAUCACUGGGUUCUUCCCAUUUUUUCUCAUCGCCACUGCGAUCCAACUCUUCUACCAAGGAAGACUCUGGAAUAUUCUGUUAUUUCUUCUCAUUGUUCAGGCAGUGGCCCUGAUCAAGUCAACAUUUGCCAGCUGUCUCAGAGGCAACAUCGUCAUGGUGUUCAUGUCCUUUUAUUCUGUACUGUACAUGUCAAGCCUGUUGCCAGCAAAAAUGUUUGCAAUCGCAACAAUUAACAAAUCUGGAUGGGGGACCUCGGGGAGGAAAACAGUAGUGGUGAACUUUAUUGGUCUCAUCCCAAUAUCAGUUUGGUUUACCAUCCUCUUCGUCGGGAUUAUCUACACGACAAUCCUGCAGACUAGAAAACCCUUCCCUGAAUCAGAAAUGCUUAUUCUGUUUAUAGGAGCAGUUGUCUAUGCCAGUUACUGGGUGAUGCUUUUGUCUUUGUACGCAGUGCUCAUAAACAAGUGUGGAAAGAGGAAGAAGGAACAUUACGAUAUGGUGCUGGACGUAUGACUUCUUUAGAAAACUCCUUAUUUACCACAAAUAUGGUAUAUUUCUUCAAGACGCUCCUCUGAUCUGGAGUUAUAUGUUGAGUUAAACAAUGGGCAAGUCCAAAAUGCUCAAACUUGAAUGGCAAGAGUAAGAAAACAAAAACAUGACAGUGGCUGCUUUGAGUUCAUUCAGGAGUACCAUAGCAUUCCUAAUUGUGGUACGACACAACAAUUACCCUGCCUAUAUUUAUUGUUACUGCCUUUGUUCAUCUGAAAAAACAGCUUCUAUAGGCUUGCUACAGUUAUCGCUGAUGACUCAGUAUGGCUAAAUGAACCAUUUUGCGUUGGGAGCAAGAAUGCAAGACUUUGUAUAGCUACCUCUUAGACUUGUCAUGCUCACUGGGCUUCACUAUUACUUUAGCAUCCCCGCUAAAGAAACUGUGAAUCAUGUGAAUUGAGGAUUUAUACUGUAUAGUUCAACUCCAGAGCCCAACUGUGCAAAUUUGUUGAGCCUCGCUAGAAAAAUGAAUGAUCCCUUGCCAGGUUGUGCAUUUUACGGUCGAUCAAAACUUACAUUAAGGGGGAACUUCACUUCUUAUUGGAAUUUUGCCCAUCAUCCACAGUCCGUAUGUGAGACAAGAACACAUAACUUUCCCUUUCUGCGCAAUCUAUCAAUCAAUCAAUCAAUCAAUGCUCAUUUAUAUAGCCGUAAAUCACUAGUGUCUCAAAGGGCUGCACAAACCAGAACACAAUAACCUAUUGUGGGACGUCGGUGACAAUGAUGACUAUGAGAAGAACCAUAGGUUCCCUACCCCUGAUCUAUGUUAUGAUCUGUUCCCCGGAUCAUAGUUUAUUUACGUUUUUGAUUCACGUGUGGUUUAAGUUCUGUUUCAGCACCCCUCUUUUGGGUUUCUUGGUUGUCAUUAGUGCUGAUUAGUGUCACCUCCCUCUGAUUAGUGUUUGGGAUGCUCACCUGUUCCUGGGCACUAAUCAGAGAGCUGUUUAGUCCUGCCUGUCGCCUCAUAUUCUAUUCCUGAGCUAAGCUUGGCCUUGUUCGUGUGUUUUGCUUUUCUUUUUGGCUACUCCGUUAGCUUAACGCGCUAUAGGCACACUCAUUUUGUUUAUUUUGUAUUUUGUAUGUUUUCCCGAAGAAUAAAUCAUUCUUCUUACCUGCAAGCUGCUUCCUGUCCUCCCGCCGCUUCCUGGAAAGACCACGUCCGGCAUCAACAUGCCGCGAACCGCGUAAGAAUCUAAAAACCAUCCAGAACUAUCCACUAUUUUUAAUAACAUUUAAUAUUCACAGUAUGUUGGUUAAUUUGAGUAUAACCGAGAGUUGAGCGCAUUGAUUUCAGAGAGCACAUAGCAAUACCUACUCGGUGGCCUAGUGGUUAGAGUGUACGCCCUGAGAUCGGUAGGUUGUGAGUUCAAACCCCGGCGGAGUCAUACCAAAGACUAUUAAAAUGGGACCCAUUACCUCCCUGCUUGGCACUCAGCAUCAAGGGUUGGAAUUGGCGGUUAAAUCACCAAAAAUGAUUCCUGGGCGCUGCUGCCCACUGCUCCCCUCACCUCCCAUGGGGUGAACAAGGUGAUGGGUCAAAUGCAGAGGACACAUUUCACCACACCUAGUGUGUGUGUGUGUGUGUGUGACAAUCAUUGGUACUUUAACUUUAACCUAAUGAACAUUUCAAAUAAGAGCUUCAAACCGAGACUCACAAUAUCGGCUCUCACUGGAAUGCCGACUGAUGGGAUGGUGUGUCUACCAGCACCAUAUUUGUGCCGUCCUUGUGUAACGGGGGCCGGUCAGUGCGGCGGUGCCAUGUGCGUACAGCUCACACCCCGACAACUUCAAGGGUGUGCUGGCGGCCGAGUUAGUCAGACUGGGCUUUUAGCUCGAAGGUCAGCACCUGACCUCUCAUGUGGACGACCAGGGUUUGCGUCCCUGUGCGGAAUGGGAUAAAGUUAGGGGGCCAAACCGGCUGGGUUACACUUGAUUCAUAACCGUCCUAACUCCUUAGAUCUGAAAAAAUGCUUCCUUGCAAUGUGUUCCGUUUGUUGAGCGUCACGUUGAGAGCCAUAUGAUAAAAAUGUGGUAGCUUGUGGAUUUUCAAAGUUGACCUGCAACUUCUCGGUUUGCUGCCACAACCUUCUACUACACAGGUGCGAAUCGUGUUUUAUAAUCUACUAUUAACUUGUAGCAGCUCAAGGUCCUUCGUGUACUUUAGUUUAUGGAGGUUAGCAACCAACAUUAUUACCAACAAAAGUUAUCGAGUAGCUGGCUAUUCGCUAAUGAUCGGAGUAGCAAUGUGAGCUAGGCAAUGUGUCGGUGUUAGCGCUCACAAUAAAAAUGUCGCUAUAGCUGAGUUAAGAUGCAGGUCAUAGCAUGUAAAUGGAGCGUUGUUCUCUUUUUUUAUAGGCGGAAAAGAUUAAUCCCUUUACUAAUAACAGCAAUUUUCCAAUAUUUAGAACACAUAGAAAAGCAUAAUACAUGUCAUACACUAGGAUCGUGGAUGACGGGCAAUAUUUAAAAAAAAAAAAAAAGUCCAGCUCCCCUUGAAUGAAUAUAAACAGCACAUACAGUAUCAUUAUGACGAAUAGUGUCCUUGCAUAAUCUCAGUUGUUCUGGAUGCCAUAAAAUGUCGUACCUUGUCAGUGUUUUCUUUAGGGAAGAGCCAAAUCAGGCAGAGGAAAUGUUUGCAGGAACGGCUAUAAAACUGACAGCUGCUUUCUUUCUCUUAUUGUCUUCAAGUCAUAUGGGGACAAUCUUGCUCAUCCGGCCUUCUUUACUUUAUGAACCAGUAAAUUACCUUAGUGAAUGAAACCAAUUGCUCCACAUUAUUAUGACAAGACAGCACUUGUUGAGUGUU